CAAAGCAAACACCCACACGAGAAGAAAGUGACAGGACGUGUCAAGAGCAAUAUCGAGAGGCCGUAUUUUUCCGGCUGUUGGAUACAAAAGAAGCGAGUCUGGCUCCUGAGUCUCAGAGGCCGAUUUGCCUAUCAAGUAGGAGCACCACGCAGAGAAUCUCAAAGCGCAAGAUCACAAGGCAACCCCAACCAUGGCCUUUCUCUUCCGCUCUCGCUCUAAAGCACCCUCACCCGCGGAUCUAGUUCUCUCUAGCCGCAGCUAUAUCCUCAAACUCGAUCAUCCAGUCCAAGGCAAACUAGCGCGCGAGGAAAUCACAAAACUCCUGACACAGAUGAAGCAAGUCUACUUUGGCGAUGCGGAUAGUGAGCCGCGACCAGAUGACAUGACGCAGCUUGCACAGCAGAUCUAUCUGACAGAUCUGCUACCGUUGUGUAUCCAGCAUCUGCACAGAUUCGAGUUCGAAGCACGCAAAGAUGUGGUUGCACUCUUUAAUGCGUUGCUCAGGCGACAGAUUGCCGAUCGAUGGCUGACAGUGGAGUACCUGGCUCCAAAGGAAGAUGUCAUUAUUGGUCUGAGUAGAAGCUAUCGCAAACCAGAGACAGCGCUGCAGUGUGGCCAGAUACUGCGGGAAUGCCUCAAGCAUGAACGUCUUGCCCAUGUCCUGUUAUUUCCAACGGCCAACGCACCGGGUCAGUUCGCCAGUGGUGCUGAAGCAUGGCACUACUUUAGCUAUAUCGAGCACGCGACCUUUGACAUUGCAUCGGAUGCUUUUUCCACAUUCAAGGAUCUCGUGACGCGCCAUAAGCAAAUUGCAGCGCUGUUCUUGCAGGAGUACUAUGCGCCCUUCAUGGAGCAGUAUCUAGGUCUACUCACCUCAAGCAACUAUGUCUGGAAGCGACAAUCGCUUAAGCUGCUGGGAGAAAUCUUGCUGGAUCGCAGCAAUUACAACGUCAUGUCCCUCUACAUCCAAUCCACCGACAAUCUCAAGCUCAUGAUGAAUCUGCUCAGAGACCGCAGUGCGCACAUACAGUUUGAAGCCUUUCACGUCUUCAAAGUCUUUGUUGCGAAUCCCAAUAAAACGGCAGGUGUACGCGAUAUUCUCGUCAAGAACAAGGAGAAGCUAGUCGCAUACCUGACAGACUUCCACAAUGACCGCAAAGAGGACGAACAAUUUGCUGAUGAAAAGCGUUUCAUCAUCAGUACCAUCAAGGCGCUGUAGAAGUGGCUCUAUUCAUGAUUAUUCUUUAAACUGCCUUUAGCGACAGCGCACAUACAUAUGCCUUAGAAGAACAAGAUUUGCGUUUGACCGUCUCUCAAGCGCUGCCGAAUCUUCUUUGCGCCUUCAUCAUCGCCACCACCCAAGACUGUUGCGAGAUCCUUGCAGACUUCUUUGAUCUGUAGCAGGCCGCGUUUCUUGCUGUCAAGGUACGACGCAUCCAAGAUGAUUUGCUCGAGCUGCCGUACUUUGAGUGCACCAUCACCUUGCUCUCCCUCUUCAGGUGCUAGCAAUGCAGCAACACGUCCAGGAACGCCCACCGCAAUGGAGACAC